GAGGGAAGGGAGCCGAGCGAGCGCGAGCCGGUAGCGGCUGGCGAUUAGCGGGAGCAACAGUCGCGAAGCGCGGGAAGCGGCGCAGCGCUCGAGGGGCCGAAGCGAGUCUCUCCCCAGCCGAAGAAGCGGAUCCCAGAGGGCCCUGAAGGGGGAAAUGGAAGCGCAGGCGGAGGAAGGUCUGUUGGAAAGGCAAGUAUUACAUGAAGUAGAUGAAGACAUGGUCACUGAUGUUGAUUUUACCAACAUGAUUUCUGAAGAAGAGCAAGAAGAAUUAAAAGCUGAACUUGUCAAGCUUGAAGAUGAAAUUGCAACUUUGCGACAAGUGUUGGCAGCAAAAGAGAAGCAUCUUGUGGAAAUAAAACAAAAGCUUGGCAUCAACCUGAUGAAUGAACUGAAACAGAACUUCAGCAAGGGCUGGCAUGAUGUGCAAACUACAACUGCAUACAAGAAGACACAAGAGACUCUGAGUCAAGCAGGUCAAAAGGCAACAGCAGCUUUCAGCAAUGUUGGAACAGUCAUCAGCAAGAAGUUUGGAGAUAUGAGGUCACAUUCACUUGGUUACUCUAUUCGCCAUUCCAUAAGUAUGCCUGCUAUGAGGAAUUCUCCUACAUUCAAAUCCUUUGAAGAAAAGGUUGAGACCACUGUCACAAGCCUUAAGACAAAAGUUGGAGGUGCGAGCCAUACCGGAGGAAGUUUUGAGGAGGUUCUCAAUUCUGCUGCCCAUGCCAGUGCUCAGAGUUCCGCUGUGAGCACUCGACUCCCAGAAACAGAAGAGGAGCUUCAAUGCUAGACUGAAGGGAUGCUAAUCAUUCUCUCCAUCCCAUGUAUUGGGUCCAAUUCACACAUGAAGCCCUGUUUAUUUUUGCUUCAGGAUUGAGUAUGACUGUAUGCUGAAACAUUAGCGUAAAGCAGGCAGUACCCAGAGUGAACCACAGUGAUUCUUGUGAUAAGCCAGAAAUGAUUGCUAUCUGUUGCCAUAUACUAUCCAGUUAACUCUAAGCACUUCUUUGUGUGGUCACUUGCCUACAUACAUGAUUGCAUGGAAAAAAAUAAGCGAGUCCUAUUCUGGGGGAACAAGCUUGAAGUCUUAACUUCAUAAAUGCUUUUACACAUCCAGCUACUAUAAGAAAGUUGUGUCACUUUUGAAAAUGGCUUCUACCAAUGUUGUACUCUUAGAGAUUUGUCCAUAUGUGUAUAUAUGUUAUAUACUGAAUUUUUGAACAUUCUGUUCAAAUAAUAUAUUGCUUAAAUGCUCACUUUUCAAAUCUUAUGGUUUCUCUUCCUUCUCCUACCUGCUUCUGUCUUCGGCUAGCUUUAUUUUAAAGGUCAGCUAUUUCAUGAGACAUGCCAUUUUGUCCUGAGGCACCAGCCUACCCACCCACCACUGUUCCACAGAGACUGUUCUUCCCUUUUUAUCUGUUUUCACUGCCACAGCAAAAGGACUUAUGUUUCUAAUAAAUGGUUUGCUUUUCCUCUAGUUAAGGAGUCUGCAAACUUGAUUUUUCAGCAUCAAAAAGCAUAUAUGGGUGUGAAAGAGUUGGAGGAUUUAUAUAUUAAGCAGCUCUUAGCUACUGUCUACAAAAAGUACAAUGACACUUUUUGCUGACUUCCACAAUAACAGGACAGCUGCAUCCUUGAGGACUGUGUAUGUGGGGAAAAACAGUGGCUGUGAGUGGAAUGCCAUUCACAGGAUACCACUCUUGGAGGAACGGAUGAAGAGGCAAAAAUUACCCUUUUCCUGCUCUUUUAGGGGAUUGGGAGACUUUCUGGAGCAGAGUGGGAGGUGGUGCUGGAAAUCUCCCCACUACUUGGUGCAGGAAACCUUGCAUGCACCUCAGGCCCGUGCACAAACAAGAGCCUAAGAGGAAAAAGUAAGCUAAAUCAACUGGUUUCUUUGAACUACAGCAUAAGUUAACUUUGUUCUUGACUUUCAAAUUUUUGACAACUUUCAAAUUUUACCCUAAUUCUAGAAUAUCAUGUAAGCUAUAUAUUCUUCAAACUGCCACAAUAGCUAAGCCUCUAGUAUUAUUUAAAUUUGUAUACCACCCUUCAUCCAAAGAUCUCAGGGCAGUUCGCAGCAUAGUGAAAGGUAAUGCUUAAACCAAAUUCAGUGAUUUCUGGUCUGAACUCUUGGGGCUUUUACUGGCUUUCACACCCAGGAACUGGACAUUGGGGGAGGGGACGUCUAGUAUUGGUUUGCCUCAUUUACUAAAACCUCCUCCUUUUAUUCUAGAUUUGCUGUGUUUGAUUCAAUGGAGGGUGGACAUUGCUGUAGGCUUUUUUGAUUUGUACAUGUUUCAAUAAAGUAGACCCCAUGAACAGCUA